CAGCUUCACUUCUUUCGCUGCUCGACGUUGUGACCCCUCACACUUUCUCCAUUUCAAUUCAUAAACUAUUCCAAAUGACUUUAUCCAUGUUGAGAUCUGUAGUCCGGAGGACCUCAACUUCCGGCGCGUCUCGCCUCACGCGCCGCCAAUUCUCAUCGGAGGCCGCACCGGAGAGGAAAGUCGCAAUUUUGGGAGCAGCGGGAGGAAUCGGGCAGCCUCUUUCACUUCUGAUGAAGCUGAACCCUUUGGUAUCAACGCUUUCACUCUACGAUAUUGCCGGCACUCCUGGUGUUGCCGCUGAUGUUAGCCACAUCAAUACCAGAUCUCAGGUUGCUGGGUUUGCAGGAGAAGACCAGCUAGGGCAGGCUCUGGAAGGGUCUGACGUGGUCAUCAUUCCUGCUGGUGUGCCCCGCAAACCGGGUAUGACCCGUGAUGAUCUGUUCAACAUUAACGCUGGCAUUGUUAAAUCACUAUGCACAGCUAUCGCAAAGUAUUGUCCUAAUGCCCUUGUCAAUAUGAUCAGCAACCCUGUGAACUCCACUGUGCCAAUUGCAGCUGAGGUGUUCAAGAAGGCCGGGACCUAUGAUGAAAAGAGGCUCUUUGGAGUCACCACACUUGAUGUGGUUAGGGCAAAGACUUUCUAUGCUGGAAAAGCUAAAGUCAAUGUCUCCGAUGUCAUUGUCCCCGUGGUUGGCGGUCAUGCUGGCAUAACCAUCCUCCCGCUGUUGUCCCAAGCUACUCCAAAGGCAAAUUUGUCAGAUGAAGAAAUUGUUGCGCUCACCAAGCGAACCCAGGACGGUGGCACAGAAGUUGUUGAGGCCAAAGCUGGAAAGGGUUCAGCCACACUCUCAAUGGCCUAUGCUGGGGCUAUUUUUGCUGAUGCUUGCUUGAAGGGCCUGAAUGGGGUUCCAGAUGUUGUUGAGUGUUCGUUUGUGCAGUCAAAUGUCACAGAGCUACCUUUCUUUGCAUCCAAGGUGAGACUUGGGAAGAACGGCGUGGAGGAAGUCCUAGGGUUGGGCCCACUUUCAGACUACGAGAAGAAAGGACUCGAAGCUCUUCUACCGGAGCUGAAAUCCUCCAUUGAGAAAGGAAUCAAGUUUGCCAACUCAAAUUAAAAGAUAUAUUACCAUCUAGUAUUUUCCAGAGUUACAGUUUUGGGAUUCUUUUAGGCAGUUUGUUGUAUCUUAUGCGAGUUUCUUGCUGCCGGAGGCAUAAAAUUUAGCUCUUUCUGAGCCAGAUGGGCUUUAGAUAUACACAACAUUUCUGGAGAAUAAUGAUUGGCAGACCUUGCAUUUGCCUCUACAUCCCAAAAUAAUGGUCUACAACAUGUCAACUAUUAUUAUCACUUCCAACUCCAAAUUAGUUGGGUUGGUUAUAUACUUAUAUAGGAUCCUGUGCAUUCAUUCGACUCAAUUCGAGUUUGUUUCAUUAGUCAAAUCAGGUCUCAGAAAUUAGUUCCUUGUUA